AACUGCUGCCUGCCUGUGCAGCGGGGCUGAAGAGCUACGGGAUGGAUUUUAUAGACCCAAAUCCUCGGGUAAAACAGCUCAAACCCGUUUCAGUGACUGCCUAGCAACAAUGAAGGAAGGAACGGAGGCAAAUCCGAUUGCUGAAUGCAAGUGAAGCCCUGCGUGCGAGCGCUCCCUGCUACCGCUCGGAAUAUGGAUACUGGGGAGGAGAGAACAGAGCGCUGCAUUGUCCGGCACGGGAAACGCCAGAUGUAAAAGCUCCAGUGCAUCGGCUGCGCGCAGCAGACGGCCCCGAUCGGAGCAGCGGCAGCAGCUACUGUCCCUUUGUUUGAACGCCGAACAAAAAGCCCCAAGGCAAGGACAACACUUAUGAGCAAGGAAGGUAACGCGGCAACGAGCAGACAGAUGGACAGAUCGGAUACUGUGAAAAGCAAUCGCAGGAAGCAGACUGGUGGGGGAUGUGCGCAUGUUCGAUAGCAUCUCUGUUGCUGAAGUGAUGGCGUGCCAAAACUAUUUUCAGUGGGUAUAAUCCUCGCACCAUAAAUGGCCUGACCAAGGAAGACUGAGCCAUUUGCAGAGAAUUACUCAACAGAAACAACAGAAAAUGAAUACCAAAGAAUAGCAGCAAGUUCAGAAGGAGAGAAGCCUUUUGCUUGGCCCACAUCUCAUAUUCCUGCCACUGGAUUCCUACAACAUGCUUCAGUGGAGGAGACGACACUGCUGCUUUGCAAAGAUGACCUGGAAUACCAAAAGGUCUCUAUUUCGCACCCAUCUUAUUGGUCUGGUCUCUCUCGUCUUUCUUUUCGCUAUGUUUCUGUUUUUCAAUCACCACGACUGGCUGCCAGGCAGGGUGGGCUUCAAAGAAAACCCCAUGGCUUACACCAUACGAGGCUUUCGAUCGACAAGAAGCGAGACGAACCUGAGCUCCCUGCGGAGCGCGUGGAAGGACGCGGUACCGCAGACCCUCCGGCCUCAGACCGUCACCAAUGCCAACAACACAGACCUGUCCCCGCAAGGGGUAACGGGUUUAGAGAACACGCUCAGCGCAAAUGGGAGUAUUUACAAUGAGAAAGGUACCGGGCAUCCAGCUUUGUAUCAUUUUAAAUAUAUCAUCAAUGAGCCUGAGAAAUGCCAGGAGAAGAUGCCUUUUCUGAUCCUGCUCAUAGCCGCAGAGCCAGGCCAAGCAGAAGCCAGGCAAGCGAUUCGCCAAACCUGGGGUAACGAGAGCCUGACACCCGGUAUCCGCAUCGUCCGUAUUUUUUUGCUGGGGUUGAGCAUUAAGGUAAAUGGAUACCUCCAGCGUGCCAUACUGGAGGAAAGCAGACAAUACCAUGACAUCAUUCAGCAAGAAUAUUUAGACACUUACUACAAUUUAACUAUUAAAACUCUGAUGGGAAUGAACUGGGUUGCAUCCUACUGUCCAAGUGUUCCCUAUGUUAUGAAAACUGACAGUGAUAUGUUUGUCAACACUGAAUAUUUAAUACACAAGCUUCUGAAACCAGAACUUCCUCCAAGGCACAAGUAUUUCACAGGUUAUUUAAUGAGAGGUUAUGCACCUAACAGGAACAAGGAUAGUAAAUGGUAUAUGCCGCCCGAUUUGUAUCCAAGUGAACGUUAUCCUGUAUUCUGCUCUGGAACCGGUUAUGUUUUUUCGGGAGAUUUAGCGGAAAAGAUCUUUAAGGUUUCCUUAAGCAUCAGACGCUUGCAUUUAGAGGAUGUAUAUGUGGGGAUCUGUCUUGCAAAGCUGCGAAUUGACCCCAUACCUCCGCCCAAUGAGUUUGUCUUCAAUCACUGGCGAGUUUCUUACUCCAGCUGUAAAUACAGCCACCUAAUUACCUCCCAUCAGUUCCAACCGAGUGAACUGAUCAAAUACUGGAACCACUUACAACAAAAUAAGCACAACGCCUGUGCCAAUGCAGCAAAAGAAAAAGCAGGCAGGUACCGUCAUCGUAAACUGCACUAGGAGGACGACGAUGCUCAACUCUAUAAAAAGUAUUCCACAUGCAAUCUGUAAAUAUCGCUGAACGCAUGUACAGUGAAAAUGGAUGAGCUUAAUGGGACAGCCUUUAGUUGAUCCCCAUCACUUAAUGGGGUCUGAAAAUUAUUUUUUUAAUUUUAAAAGAAGUAUAGUUCUUGAAAACACUAAUAAUUGUGAACCUAUAACCAAAAGGUUUUUCCAGCAAAUUUGAGGAAAAAAGAUGAUAUACAAGGAUUUUUGUGUUAAUGUGCAAUAAUAAGCAUGCACACUUUGGUGGUCCAAUUGCUGAUUUAUGUGCCAAUAAAAUAUAAUUGAGCAUAUUUUCCACACUAAAAUUUUAUUUUAAAACAAUGCAUUCAUUGCUCUAGUUCUUUUCAGUCUAAUGGUUUCUUUUAUUAUCUAGAACUGCCACAAGAAAAAUGGAAAAUGACAAAUUAAGGAAAUGCACAGAGGGCAGAUCAGUUUUAUGUUCAAAUACCACAUGAAAAUUAUUGUACGCUUCUUUAAUGUACGACACUGUCAGUAAUGUCACAUUUAUGAUUUAGUAAGACACCACCAAUGAACUCUCAGACACCAAAAAUGUACCUUUUUACAGUUGGGCCACUUUUAGGAAAGCUACUUACUUUGGUUAGGAAAGAGAGUUAAACAAAAUUGAAUUUCAGAAGGCUACCCCUUUACCACCUUUAAAAAUGCACCUAGUGUUCAACUAGAUUCCCUUCAAAGAGAGGACUUAAAGAUUACCUAAUUCUUGAGAAGUCAUAGGUUGAGUUCCUGAAUUCUGGUGCCAGGUAACACAUUCAUCUUGGCAUCUUCAUGCAAAUUCAUUGAAUUUGCUAUUAAUUUAAUUUCCUGAAUCAGUUUCUCUACAGUAGCUCCAAAGCAGACAAGAAAUGCAAAACGGAACCUCAAGUCUUUUGACAGCAUCUCAGAAAUAUCCCACUUUGCAGGAUGGGGAGUUGGGGGAUACUAAGUUGUUAUUUUGCCCUUUCUCUCCUUCCCUUCCUCCCCCCAAAAGAAGCCUCAGUCAAGUGAAAAUAGGCCAACCACAGAAAAUUUAGCUAAACACCUUACUUUAUGGAUGGGGAGGACUAGACCAUAAGAUUGACAUUUCCAGAUAGCAAUAUGGUUGAAAAUAAAACCAGAGCAGUUUUAAAAGUUAAAUCCACAACAUGUAUCACUGGAAAUAAAAAUGUGAGAAGUAGGUUAAAUCUGUUUACAGGUUUCCAGUUUUCUAACAAACAGAACUUAAAAAGCUUGUUUUCCAACAAAAUUAUUGCAGAAUUGCAUCUGAUUCAGGUUAUUAGUGUCUUUCACAGUGCCGGGUUAGCAACGCCCACCUCUGAUUCAGCAGCAAAUCAUGGAACUGUGAUUAGUUUUCUGUUUGACUGGGACUUUUUAAUUGGGUAAAAAACAAAUAUUUCAUGUACUUUUAUUAUUUAAUAAAACUGAUUAUAUUUAUGGUC